AUGCAAGCGGAAUUUUGUGUUGCUUUUCGGUAUGUCGAGCAUUGUAGUGAUGCAAGACCGCCUAGAACGUGUGGGAGAAGGAAGAAUUUGGAAACGAGAACGCAGGUAUGCAGGAGAAUUAGGAUCGUGGAGUAUUCUGUAGAGGAACGUCAAGAUGUGCAUAUCACGGCGAAGGCGGAUUGGGAGCCAUUUAAGUUGAGCACGAAAUGUCUCCUAACGUCGAGCGUGGCCGUCAACAUAUCAGCGCACGGUUGCGUUAUAGGCUUCUCUGCGAUCCUCAUUCCGAGCCUGCGCCGCCCUGAUUCUCACAUCCAUGCAACGCCCAGUCAAGAGUCAUGGAUAGCAUCCGUUAUCGGAUUCACGUUAAUUACGGGAAACAUCAUCAUCACACCACUCAUGGAUACCUUGGGAAGAAAAUGGUCCCAUAUACUUUCAGCAUUACCUAUUUUGACUGGCUGGUUCCUGCUACUCAUGGUGAACAGUGUGGGAGGUUUGAUAACAGCACGAUUCCUCCAAGGCAUAUCAAUGGGUAUGCUGGGACCUCUGGGAUCUGUAAUCAUAGGAGAAAUGACUGACCCUAAGAGUCGAGGAGCGUUUUUGACUAGUAUGUCUUUGUCGUUGACAAUUGGCGUGCUAUCUACACACGGGUUGGGUGCAUUAUUUAGUUGGCAACAAAACGCUUUAGCAUGUUCUUUCAUUAGUUUUACUGCUCUUCUACUAAUCAUAUACAACCCAGAGUCCCCAUCCUGGUUAAUAUCUAAAGGAAGAUUCAAGGAGGGUGAGGAAAUUUUCUAUUGGCUAAGAGGAAGGGGACCAGACCAGGAAUCUGAGUUUGAAAAAAUGGUCGCUGCCCAAAAAAUGUACCGAAAUUCAAAUGUUAUUGACCAAGAUUUAGCUUUGCAUGUAAAAGCAAAACGGUUUUUUGCAUAUCUGAGAUUAACAUCGAAAAAACGAGAAUUCUACAAACCUAUAAUCAUUAUGUUUCUGAUAUACACCAUGUUCCAAUUCGCCGGAAUCAAUGUUAUAAGCUCGUAUACAACGGAUAUCAUAAACAAAGUCGUUGGACCUGAUGCUAAUGCGAAAUUCUUAAUGGUUAUGCUAGAUAUUGAAAGAUUAAUAUGUAAUAUAGGAGCAGUUUACUUAAUGAAGAUCUUAAAGAGAAGAACUCUUUUGUUUUCUAGUGGUGCUAUUUGUGUUCUUUCAUAUAUAGGAAAGUCUUGCUACGUCUUUGCGAAAGAAAGUAACGCGUUACCAUUUGAAAGUCAAUGGCUACCCAUAGCGUUGAUCGCUUUGUACAUGUGCUCACUAACUAUUGGUUUAUCAUCUAUACCGUUUACAAUAUCGGGAGAAAUAUUUCCAUUAGAAUAUCGAGGACUAGGUGGUGGUAUUAGCGUUUUAGCUUUAUCUUUCAACUUGUUCUCGGCGGUUAAAUGCUUCCCAGUGUUAACUAAUUAUGUAGGACUUCCUAUAACGUAUUUGGUAUACGCUGGUGUAGUGGUAUCUUGUCUAACUUGUUUAUACUUUAUCAUGCCAGAGACAAAGGACAGGACUCUACAAGAUAUCGAAGAUAGUUUCCGUGGGGUCUCGCCAAGAGAUCUCAAGAGUACAGAGCCUCUAAACGAACACGAUAAGGGCGAAUUGCGUAGAUGCAGUUCACAUAAUUAUGCUUUAAUGAUCAAAUAGACUUGUACUUAUUGCGGUAAUCAGAGGCGGCUCGUGACAUUUUUUGAUGGGGAUUCACAAAAAAAAAUAAUCGAAAAACUGAAGCUUA